GGGCCAGUGGAGUGUGUCUGGGUCAGCUGAGUGCCUAUAUCAAAGCUCCCAGCCUUGAAAAGGACACCCUGUUCCCAGGCCUCAAGAUAUUGAAACAUUAAUUAGAUCAUUUAAAGUAGGGUUUUCUUCUACAAUGUCUGAAGAAGUGACCUACGCGACACUCACAUUUCAGGAUUAUGCUGGAGGAAGGAAUAACCGACAUGGAAAUAACCUAAGAAAAAAAGGGCAUCCAGCUCCAUCUCCCAUUUGGCGUCAUGCUGCCCUGGGUCUGCUAACUCUUUGCCUUAUGUUGCUGAUUGGGCUGGUGACUUUGGGGAUGAUGUAUAUCUAAUGACAUUAACUCAGAUUCAGAGAAAUUGAGUCAACUUCAGAAAACCAUCCACCAGCAGCAGGAUAACUUAUCCCAGCAACUGGGCAACUCUAAUAACUUGUCUAUGGAGGAGGACUUUCUCAAGUCACAGAUCUCCAGUCUACUGAAGAGGCAGGAACAAAUGGCCAUCAAACUGUGCCAAGAGCUAAUCAUUCGUAUUUCAGACCACAGAUGUAAUCCAUGUCCUAAAAUGUGGCAAUGGUUCCAAAAUAGUUGCUAUUAUUUUACAACAAAUGAAGAGAAAACCUGGACUAACAGUAGAAAGGACUGCAUAGACAAGAACUCCACCCUAGUGAAGAUAGACAGUUUGGAAGAAAAGGAUUUUCUUAUGUCACAGCCAUUACUCAUGUUUUCAUUCUUUUGGCUGGGAUUAUCAUGGGACUCCUCUGGCAGAAGUUGGUUCUGGGAAGAUGGCUCUGUUCCCUCUCCAUCCUUGUACGUCUCUAACUAUUGAGGGUAAACACAAGUUUUCCAUGGAAUCCUGGGAAAAUUAAUAAUGACUGUGAGAAUUAUAAACACAGACAUAAAAAGAGGAGUACAACAUACUCAGAAAAGAGCUCCAGUAACAAAUAUCGAAAGGAGGUAUAGUUCAUUUCAUCUCUGUGAGAAAUUUAUGGCAAGGCACUGAACUUUAUCUUUUGGUAGAAAUGUGUUUAUUUAACACACAUACACCUAAUACUACAUUCAAAGGAUUUUAUAAAUAUUAACCCUUGAAGAAAGCACUGUUAUAUUCCCAUUUUAUAGGUAGAAAUAUUAUCACAAAGAGAUUAAGUAACUUGCCUGAGGUCACUCAGCUCAUAAAUUGCACUUUAGGGACUGUGCACUCAGUCACUCAGCUGUUGUGAUUCUCCAUUACCUCCAAUCCAAAAGGGUACUGCUAGUCAUAAGAACAUAUAUCAACACAUUUAUUUAUACCAAAUAACUGUCAACCAUUUUCUAACAAAAAGUAAGACUGAAUUGACUGAUUAGUUCAACAAUUAGUGUCAUGUUGAGGACUUGCAAAUUACAACACAUGGCCAGUGUCUUUUAUGAAUUAAAAUGAACUAAACCUUCCACUUCAAGGUUUGGAUGAGAAUAUUUAAAGGACAAAUAGAAUAUAUAACACUUGGAAACUUUCAAUUUUUUUAACUAUUUAAAGUUAUGAAAAAAUAGAUGUCAACAGAAAUGUGUAAGGGGAUAUUAGGUUUGCUAAAUUCUUUCACAGACGAUAAAAAAAAAAUUUUGAGGAACACCUCAUUAUAAGUACAUUUAAAUGAAACAACUGUAUUAAUAUUUUAAAUAUAAUAGUAUUUUUAUAUUAGAUAAAAUUUAAGAUCAUUGGCAUCUUAAUGGAUUUUUAAAUUUUUUUAUUGAUACAUAAGAGAUGCAUAUGUUUUGGGGUACAUGAGAUAAUUUGAUACAUUCAGAUAGUGUGUAAAGAUCAAAUAAGUGGAACUGGGAUAUCUAUCAAUUUAAAUAUUUAUCUUUUCUUUGUGCUAGGAGCAUUCAAAUUAUUAUUUUCUCAUUAUUGUGAAAUGUACAGUAGAUUAUUGUUAAUUGUAUUCACCCUAAUAAUCUAUCAAACACUAGGUCUUACUUCUUCUAUCUAACAAGAUAUUUGUAUCCAUAAUGGCUUUUUAUCUACCUUCCUCCCCCAACAAAUAAUUAUCCACCCCCCUGCCUCCUAUUUCACUCUUCAAAGCAUGUUGUCAGUUUUCUUAAACUGAAUAAUAACCACUCAUCUUCUGUCAAAGAUGCCAUGCUUCAGCAGUGACUCAGCAGUUCCUUAAAUCACAAACAAUGCUAGGUCUAUUACUUUCUCCCUGGAUACACUUUAUCUUCAUCCAUUUCCCAAUGUUUCAUCGUGGCUACUUCUACUCAAACACGAAUCCCCCAUUCUCUAAUCACCAUUAUUAAUCAUAUCAAGUCAACUAGUCUGGUUUCACACUAAUAAUAAUGACAAAAAGCACAUGCAGAGUAACACACAAACAAAAAAAGUGACAGUUACUCUUCGUGACAAGAGCAAUACUUGGCAUGAACUGAUUAAUAUUAAUCUGAGGUGUUGCUACUAGACUGAGGGUUUCCAGGAGUAGUACCAUGACAUCAUGUAAACACAUUCCAUGUUGGAAUCUAAGAUGUGUCCCUUCUCCCAAAGGGAUUUUACUCAUCCUUGGCCUCUCUACUCACUCUUAAUCAAAGUGUGAGGGAGGUGGCCCCCACAGCAGGGUUCGGAACCUACAGACCCUGGCCCCUGAGACAUGCAGCUGUCAGAUAAGCCAGCAUGUCAAACUCAGGUUAGAGAGACUGAGCUUCCAGAUUGUAGAACCAUUUCCUUGACUACUGAGUAAAAGCCCAGGCUAAGAUUUAGUAAGCCUAGCCCUGAAGUAAGAAAAGAAUAUGGCAGUGUAAUGCAGGUCAUUUAGGAAAAAACAAUGUUGGGCACACAGAAAAUUUAGACCUGACAAGUAUAAUUUUCUAAAGACAUUAUUUCAGGGUUAACAUCACUUUCUUAGCAGAGGAAGUGAAUACUAUUGUCAGCACCAUAUCUAUACAGUCAUUCAUUUCCUCUUUUAACAUCUGUCUUGUUCUCUUUUUACCCACCACAUAUGUAUAACUAUGUGAAAAGUUAUAUUUGUGCAUAGUAAAAUGUGAUAGCUUUUUA